CCUGGGACCCGGACUUAUGCAAAUUUAAGUAAACAGAAAAGUAUUUCGCUUUUUGUUUCAGAAAUUGUCAGUUUUUUUAUUAAAAUAUUGCAUUGAAACACACCGUAUGAAUAUUUCAUGGUAAGAAGUUUGGCAAGUUUAAAAACCUCUUACGAAAAGAGUUCACAAGAGUGAAGAAUCAACCUUUGUCCUUUCGACAUCUCCGAGUAACGUAGUCAAGUUUAUAUUUGAAGAUUUACGUACAUUGAGCUGUCAAACGUUAAAACUUCCUCAGAAACUUGUGAACUGUUAUAAAAUGCCGAGUGUCGAUGAGUUGGAAUGCGGUUGCUGUUGUGAACUUCUCUGUAACCCGACAACAUUAACGUGCGGUCAUAGUUUUUGUCGUUACUGCUUGGCAAAAUGGUUUGUCACAUCUAACAAGCCAGAAUGUCCUUUAUGUCGACAAACCUGGAGUGGAUUCCCGCAAGUCAAUAUUACAUUAAGACGUGUCAUUGACAAAUCGUUUCCCGUGAAAAUCGUUGAACGGCAAAAAUCACAAGAAAAUACGGCGGAUUAUCACGAAGUUUUGCAAAUGUUUGAGGAAUAUGGAAAGAACAAGGAUCCUGAUCAGGUUUUCUCUGAGGAAUACAUAAAGACUGUGAUUGGUGCGAUUUUGUUGAUCAUUGUGGCUGCUGUAGUCAUUUUGUUGAUUGCUAUUUUAUAUUGGCUAUUCUUCACAGGAGAUACUCAUAGUAACUCCAUCUACUCCAAGCCUGCGUACUUGUGGUCGGUGAACGAAGUGGAGACCUGGGCCGAGGCAUUCAGCAAGCAGUUGGGUCAUGAUUAUUCCCGGCAUUUUCAAAAUUUGAAGAUUGAUGGUGAACUGUUGUUAUCGUUGAAUGAAGAGGAUCUCAAAACUCUCCCGCUCAAUGUGACCAUCAAUCUUCAUAGGAAACUCAUCCUUGCUGAGAUCAACAAACUCCAAGCAACUGGUAUAAGGACACCAAGGGAUCUAUGGGAAUACAAAAAUGCAAACAGAAUUUCAUCAGUUUUCCUCCUAUUCAUGUUACAAGAAUUUCCACGUCUUACAUUAUUUUGUUUUCGCUGCUUCAAUUACAACCAUUUUUUUCGACCCUUCAUGGAAACCGUGAUCAGUGAACCGCAGGACUGUAGUUCAUUAAGUGGCUAUAACAUUGAUAAUUUGUGUGUAGAGAAAGAAAUCACAUUGGUGGAUAGAUGGUGGUUUUAUCUUGAAUGUCUUCUAUUGCCAUUUUUGCCUGUAGCAAAGUUUUCUUAUCAUUUUGUGAAGAUUCAUUUCUAUACAGUGUGGAUGAUCAUUGCCCAUUGUACAAUGCUCACUGUUCAUGAGAUUGUACAAUUUUUCAAUGCUGAAAAAAGUUGGAAUGCGGCACUUACAACUUACACCGAGGCAGUCUUCUCAUUUAUCAUCAGAAGUGUAAUGUACAAGAUUGCAACAUGGUUUGCACCAUCCUUCAUCUUGGAUUUCUAUUUUAUCACUAAACUUUACUAUGGACCUUUUGAAACAGCUCACAGAGUAAGACUUGAAUAUUUGAGGAGAAGCAUUCUCCGAGGACUUAAUGUUUUGGUAGCUGCUGCAACGCUGGAGAGAUCUCUAAGAAACCUAUUCAACAUUAGACGAGGAAACCACAGGAGAUGACUAUUAUAUCUUGUUGGAAAUUACUGGGUUACUGAUUUUUGUAAUUUUUAAGUAAAUUUCUGUUUGUAGUUUAGUUUUUAAGUUCAUGUUUAGUUUUUUAUUAACAAUCAUCACAAAUUUUAUGGUUACGAUGUUUUAUACUAGAAAUAGAUAUUUUUAAAUAAAACUAAUUUAGAAGCCA